CUCAGCAUGGGGCUGGAGGCCCAGAGGCUAUCAGGGGCAGAGGAGGCCCCGGUGAGGGUAGCCCUACGAGUCCGCCCACUGCUGCCCAAGGAGCUCCUGCAUGGGCAUCAGAGCUGCCUGCAGGUGGAGCCAGAGCAGGGCCGAGUCACACUGGGCCGUGACCGCCACUUUGGCUUCCAUGUGGUACUGGCAGAGGACACUGGGCAGGAAGCUGUGUACCAGGCCUGUGUACAGCCCCUCCUUGAGGCUUUCUUUGAAGGCUUCAAUGCCACUGUCUUUGCCUAUGGUCAGACAGGCUCUGGGAAGACGUACACCAUGGGGGAGACCAGUGUGGCCUCCCUUCAUGAGGAUGAGCAGGGCAUCAUCCCGAGGGCCAUGGCGGAAGCCUUCAAGCUUAUCGAUGAGAAUGACCUGCUCGACUGUCUGGUGCACGUGUCCUACCUAGAAGUGUACAAAGAGGAAUUCCGAGACCUGCUUGAGGUGGGCACUGCCAGCCGUGAUAUCCAGCUUCGGGAAGAUGAGCGCGGAAAUGUUGUGCUGUGUGGGGUGAAGGAGGUGGACGUGGAGGGCCUGGACGAGGUGUUGAGCCUCCUGGAGAUGGGCAAUGCUGCGCGACAUACCGGGGCCACGCAUCUCAACCGCCUGUCCAGCCGCUCGCACACGGUUUUCACGGUGACCCUGGAGCAGCGAGGGCGUGCCCCCAGCCGCCUGCCCCGCCCUGCCGGCCAGGUGCUCAUCUCCAAGUUCCACUUUGUGGAUCUGGCGGGCUCAGAGAGGAUACUGAAGACUGGUAGUUCGGGCGAGAGGCUCAAGGAGAGCAUCCAGAUCAACAGCAGCCUCCUGGCGCUGGGCAAUGUCAUUAGCGCCCUGGGGGAUCCCCAGCGCAGAGGCAGCCACAUCCCCUACCGUGACUCCAAGAUCACCCGGAUACUCAAGGACUCACUGGGCGGGAAUGCCAAGACAGUGAUGAUCGCCUGCGUCAGUCCCUCCUCCUCCGACUUUGAUGAGACCCUCCACACCCUUAAUUACGCCAGCCGCGCCCAGAAUAUCCGCAACUGGGCCGCGGUCAACUGGCGGCCGGAGGCUGAGCGGGCGCCUGACGAGGUGGCCGCCAGCACACGGCGGCCUCCGCGCCAUCGCUCGGAGACGCGCAUUAUCCACCGCGGACGGCGCCCCCGGGGUCCUGCCGCCACCUCCGCUGCGGCCACUGCGCGCUUGGGCGCAGAGUGUGCGCGCUACCGGGCUCGUACCGAUGCCGCGUAUAGCCUCCUGUGCGAGCUGCAGGCAGAACCUGGGCUGCCGGGCGCGGCCGUCCGCAAGGUGCGCGACUGGCUUUGCACUGUCGAGGGCGAGCGCAGUGCCCUAAGCUCCGCCUCGCGGCCCGACAGCGGCAUUGAGAGCGCCUCCGCUGAGGACCAGGCUGGCCAGGGACCGUCCAGCAGGAGAAAGGAAGAUGAGGGGGCGCAGCAGCUGCUGAGCCUGCAGAGCCAGGUGGCCCACCUGGAGGAGGAGAACCGAGACUUUCUGGCUGCGCUGGAAGAUGCCAUGGAGCAGUACAAACUGCAGAGUGACCGGCUGCGGGAGCAGCAGGAGGAGAUGGUGGAGCUGCGACUGCAGCUAGAGCUGGUACGGCCUGGUUGGGGGGCCCCAGGGCUCCUGCAGGGCCUGCCAUCCGGGUCCUUUGUGCCUCGGCCUCACACUGCCCCCCUGGGUGGUGCCUAUGCCCAUGUCCUGGACAUGGUGCCCACUGCCUGCCUCCCUGGAGAUGAAGGUGGUUCUGAGCAGCCAGAAGAGGUGACGAAUGGCAGGGAGGCUGGAGCUGAAUUAUUGGCUGAGAUGGAUAGACUGGAAAGUGGCUCUUCAGCUGCAUCAGCAGAGGAGGAUGAGGAAGAGGAGCCACCCAGGCGGACCUUGCAGUUGCGUAGAAAUGGAAUCAGCAACUGGAGCCAGAGGGUGGGGGUCUACGCAGGGAGUCCACUCAACAGGAAGGGCCCAGAGCUUUGCCUUGAAGAGCUGGAUGUGGCCAUCCCAGGGCCCAGAGUGGUUGGUGGAUGCAAGGCCCUGGUUCAGACUUGCCAAGCCCCCAGUGCCACAGCCUUUGAAUGGCGGCUGGCCCAGGCCCAGCAGAAGAUUCGGGAGCUGGCCAUCAAUAUCCGCAUGAAGGAGGAGCUUAUUGGCGAGCUGGUCCGCACAGGGAAGGCAGCGCAGGCCCUGAACCGCCAGCACAGCCUGCGCAUCCAGGAACUGGAGCAGGAGGCAGAGCGGGUGCGGGCUGAGCUGAGUGAAGGCCAGAGGCAGCUGCGAGAGUUGGAGGGCAAGGAGCCCAAGGAUGCUGGUGAGCGGUCUCGGCUCCAGGAGUUCCGCAAAAAAGUUGCUGCAGCCCAGAGCCAGGUGCAGGUGCUGAAGGAAAAGAAGCAGACAACAGAGCGGCUGGUGUCACUGUCAGCCCAGAGCGAGAAGCGGGUGCAGGAGCUCGAGAGGAAUGUACAGCUCAUGCGGCAGCAGCAGGGGCAGCUGCAGAGGCGGCUUCGAGAGGAAACAGAGCAGAAGCGGCGCCUAGAGACAGAGAUGAGCAAGCGGCAGCACCGUGUCAAGGAGCUAGAGCUAAAGCAUGAACAGCAACAAAAGAUCCUGAAGAUCAAGACAGAAGAGAUUGCAGCCUUCCAGAGGAAGAGACGCAGUGGCAGCAAUGGCUCUGUGGUCAGCCUGGAGCAGCAGCAGAAGAUUGAGGAGCAGAAGAAGUGGCUGGACCAGGAGAUGGAGAAAGUGCUGCAGCAACGGCGGGCGCUGGAGGAGCUGGGGGAGGAGCUCCACAAACGGGAGGCCAUCCUGGCCAAGAAGGAGGCCCUGAUGCAGGAGAAGACGGGACUGGAGAGUAAGCGCCUGCAAUCCAGCCAGGCCCUCAAUGAGGACAUCGUGCGAGUGUCCAGCCGGCUGGAGCACCUGGAGAAGGAACUCUCUGAGAAGAGUGGGCAGCUGCGGCAGGGCAGUGCCCAGAGCCAGCAGCACAUCCGUGGAGAGAUUGACAACCUGCGCCAGGAGAAGGACUCGCUGCUGAAGCAGCGCCUAGAGAUUGACUGCAAGCUCAAGCAGGGCAGCCUGCUGUCACCUGAGGAAGAACGGACACUGUUCCAGUUGGAUGAGGCAAUUGAGGCACUGGACGCUGCCAUCGAGUACAAGAAUGAAGCCAUCACAUGCCGCCAGCGGGUGCUUCGGGCCUCAGCCUCAUUGCUGUCCCAGUGUGAGAUGAACCUCAUGGCCAAGCUCAGCUACCUCUCAUCCUCAGAGACCAGAGCCCUGCUCUGCAAGUAUUUUGACAAGGUGGUGACACUCCGAGAGGAGCAGCACCAGCAGCAAGUCGCCUUCUCGGAGCUGGAGAUGCAGCUGGAGGAGCAGCAGAGGCUAGUGUACUGGCUGGAGGUGGCCCUGGAGCGGCAGCGGCUGGAGCUGGACCGCCAGCUGACUCUGCAGCAGAAGGAGCAUGAACAGAAUGUUCAGCUGCUCCUCCAGCAAAGUCGAGACCACCUUGGUGAAGGGCUGGCAGACAGCAAGAGACAAUAUGAGGCCCGAAUCCAAGCUCUGGAGAAGGAGCUGAGCCGCCAGAUGUGGAUAAACCAGGAACUACAACAGAAGCUCAGUAGUGUCAUUGCAGUAGGCCAGAGCAGGGGUGGGGAGAAGAAGACCCUAUGCCUGGAGAGCAGACAAGUCCCUAGAAGUGAAGAGCAGCUCCACCCGGCAUCGGGGCUGCUCUGGUUGUCCCCCAUUGCUGACGGGGUUCCCCGCACCCGGGAGGAGAUGCGGGACUUGGUCCAUGCUCCAUUACCCUUGACUUGGAAACGGUCAAGCCUGAGUGGUGAAGAGCAGAGCUCCCUUGAGGACCAGAGGCAACAGGAGGUGGUGGGCCUGCCCUGGAACUUUGGGCCUCAGCUUAAGCCCUGGAGGGAGCUACGAAGAACCAGUCCGGGGAUGAUUGAUGUCCGGAAAAACCCUGUUUAGGUCCCUGGGGCAGACCCCUGCCUUAGAGGGAGUCUGAUCCUGCUGAAAGGUGCAGUUGCUUUGUUUACUUCUGUGAAGGGCAGUCUUCACCUCACAUCUAAAUGCAGGUUGUAUGGGCAGUGCCUGUGGCACAGUGG